AUGUUCAUGCGAUUUUUCGGUUCACUCAAAAAAGCUGACGAGGAGCCGGACUACACUAGCACGAGAGACAGGCGAAGUACUCUAAAUGAAUAGCAUCGUUCUUUAUUCGAAGAAUAAGACUAUGAAGAUGAAUAUGACAAUUAUUAAGAUGAAAAAGUAGUGUUACCGAAAGACUUUGCGCGAUAGGUAAUCAAACUAGAGAUUUAGUGUGAAAGGCCUGAUGCAGUGAAGGGGCAUUUAGCAAUUGAGUACUAUAACACAAAGGGAGAUUACGACAAUCAGACAUUUUAUCAGAACAAAAUGAAGGCAAUGAUGACUAAGACAGAAAUUUUGACAAUUGCUGGCAUUACAGAUGACCCUGAAGGCACUAAUGAAAGUAUAUUAUAUUAAAAAGCAGAAAAGACAAGGAAUAUGACUUUACAACAAAUUAGAGAGAAGUAAAUAUCGAAAAAGAAGUUAAAUGAUGCUCUGCAACUGGAAGUUUACAAACACGAAAAGAAAAACGCCAAGAUUUAGGAAUAAAUUAUAGAAGAGAAAAUAGAGGAACAUAAUGAUGAUGAGGCACUGAAACUCGUCAAGAAGGAAUAAAAUAUAUAGUCAGAACAGUUUAGAAUGAGAUUAGCUUAACGUAAAAAAUAAAGCUUUCAGAAUAGAUCUAUGAAUUUCAAUAUUGAGCUGUCAGGUGGAUUACUGUAAAAAUCACCUAAUAGAAGAGAAAAUAAAAAGGCUGAAAUUAGCUAAGAUAAUAAUGAAAGUUUUGGACAUUCUUUAGUAAUUCACGAGUCUAAAUUCUCUCUAUAAAUAGAAAAUGAUGAUAAAAAAUAAUCUUAAUACGGGCAAUCUGCUUAGAAAUAGGCUCAGAAAUCUACUAAACAUAGGUACAGCUCAUCAUAGAGUGUAAUAAGUUUUGGAAACCGAUCAAAUACUUCUCUAAGUGGUGGAGGUCUAGCUGCUAGAAUUACCUCUUAGAUCUAACUAGUUGUACAGUACAUUCAAAAUGAAGAAUAAUUAGUUGAGAAAGAGAUCUUUGAACUGUAGAAGCUUUUUGAAGAUCUAAACAUAAUGAGUGACCUAGCAAUGAAAAUAACAAAUCUCACCAAGAUAUUUAAAAUGCUUGAAACAAAUGAUGAUUUCUUUUCAUUUGAAGACUCAAAUCCAGAAUCUAAUAAAUAAGAAGAGACUUUUGAUCCUAAAGUGCCUAUAAAGCUAGUAUUAGAUUAAUUCUAAGUUCUUAUGAAGCAAAAAGAAAGAGAGGUAGAGGAUUUUUUAGAAAGUCUUUCAGAGGAAAAAUUCUAAAGCACUCAGGAGAUCAAAAUGAAGUAUUAGAAAAUGAUAAACAUGCUUAAAAAUUCUAAAGACCCAACUAAAGAUGACAAAAUUUAGAAUUAUGAAAAUAAAAAGUAAAAUGACAUUGAAGAGAGUCAAAGGAAUUUGAAUUUAAAGAAGAGCUAAGGUCUUAUAGACAUAAAAAACAGAUACAACUAAGAGAGUCUAAGUAUUACCUUAGAUUCGAUAGGAUUUGCAGAAAACUUAAGGAAAAAUCUCUAAAAAGUUGGAUAGGACAGUAAAAAUACAAAAAAGGUUUAGAGAGAAUCUAUGAUACAAUAAAUCCAGUAAUAAAUAAGCAAUGGUGGAAAUGUCUAAUAUGGUAUUGAUUAAAUGAGGGAUUAUCAGUUCCAGCAUAGAGAGUCAACUGGCUAUAUCGGUCAAAAAAGAAAAUGA